CGUUACAACCACACUCUCAAGCAAACUCUUCUUUCAAUCUUGUAACCCAACAACAAUAAUGCCAAACCAUCUUCAAGAGCCCUUACCCACUUACCCUAAACCGGUUUUAACCAAAGAAGAGCAAAAAGUCGACGAGAAGAUGGUGAGCUUGCAAGCUGAGUGUAUUGUCAACACCGUGGCUUUCCCCAUGGUUCUCAAAGCCGCCUUUGAGCUUGGUGUCAUCGACACAGUCGCUGCAGCAGGCGAAGGCGCGUGGCUCUCACCGUAUGAAAUAGCUCGUAGUCUCCCAACCAAACCAACCAACCCGGAGGCGCCAGUGUUGCUUAACCGGAUGCUGCGGUUACUCGUCAGCCACUCUAUUUUGAAGUGCCGUAUGGUUGAAGGUACCGAAAACGGUCGAACCGGAAAGAUGGAGAUGGUUUAUGCAACCGAACCGGUUUGCAAGUAUUUCUUGAAAGAUAGUGACGGUUCUGGUUCUCUCGUUUCUCUAUUUAUGUUGCUCCAGAGCGAAGUGUUUUUCAAGACUUGGACAAAUCUCAAAGACGUGAUACUAGAAGGAAGAGAUGCAUUCAGAUCUGCGCACGGCAUGCAAAUUUUUGAAUACAUUAACUCGGAUGGACAAUUUGCUAAAGUGUUUGAUCGUGCCAUGUCAGAACCUUCCACCAUGAUUUUGAAAAAGGUUCUAGAAGUUUACAGAGGAUUUGAAGAUGUUAAUACUUUAGUGGAUGUUGGAGGAGGAAGUGGCACUACAUUAGGUCUAGUCACUUCCAAGUAUCCUCAUAUCAAAGGUGUUAAUUUUGAUUUACCUCAGGUUUUAACCAAUGCUCCUAUAUAUCAAGGUACAAAACUACUUAAUAUUUUUGAUAAGUUACAUAAUUACGUGCUAUUUUUAGUAUCUACGUCUCAUAAUUUUUUUGUUGAGUUUACAAAUGUAGGAGUGGAGCAUGUCUCAGGAGACAUGUUUAUAGAAGUUCCAAAAGGAGAUGCAGUGUUUAUGAAAUGGAUACUACAUGAUUGGACGGACGAACUUUGUAUAAAGCUUCUAAAGAAUUGUUGGAAGAGUCUACCGGAAAAUGGAAAAGUGAUCAUUUUAGAUUUGAUUACACCAACAGAACCAAAGAGUGGUGACUUUUCCUCUAACUAUAUGUUUGCUAUGGACAUGUUGAUGCUAACACAAUGCUCCGGCGGUAAAGAGAGAUCGUUUUCGCAGUUCGAGAAAUUAGCAUUUGGUUCAGGUUUUCGUCGAUGUGAAGCUGUUUGUCAUGCCUAUUCAUAUUCCGUUAUCGAAUUCCAAAAAUAG